UGAUUUGAACCCACGCUCGCUAUGAAGGAGGAAAUUGCCGCCAGCGUGUUCUUCAUGGGCCGCCUGGUCAAGCGCUACGGAUGCCUGGACAAGGACGGCCGCGAGCGCUUUGCCGCCGCGCUCACGUCGGCCUUGUUUGAGAGCUACAAGAACCACUGGCACCCGGACGUGCCCGCCAAGGGCCAGGCCUACAGGUGCCUGCGGAUGAACUGCUUACAACUACAGGAUCCGGUGCUUCAGAAGGUGUGCGAGAGAAGCGGCGUGCGCUACGAGGACCUGGGCCUACCUCGGGAGCUCACCGUGUGGGUCGACCCCGGCGAGGUCUCGUGCAGGUACGGCGAACACAGCGCCCCCUUCUCCAUCUCAGUUGUGGACGGCAGUCGACACGCCCGUGGCCAGUUUUCCCGGCGAGUCCACGACGCGGUGGAGCGCGCCAGCCUGGAAGUGCCCUCGGAGAGUUCUUCGGAUGAGGACGGCGGCGGGGAGGAGGAGGAAGAAGAGCGCCGUGGCGGCGGCGGCGGCAGCCCCUCUGCUCUCCUUGCCGAACCCAAAAGCAUCCCGACUGUUAACAACCCCAAUAGCGUCUACCGGUUCAGCGAGUUUGCUCCCGGCGCCCCCCGGACGUGGCUCACCUACCCUAGGAGGAAGCCGUUGGGCGGGGACGCCUUCCCGCCAAUCGUCCCACUUCCUCCUCUCUCACCGCAGCAGCUGGCGGGCUCCAAAGGUUUCUAUUCCGACCGGACCUUGUUCACCUUCACCGGGCCCCGCGUGGAUAAGUACCACUGGGUCAGCAAGUCCCGCUCCUAAAACUUUCCGUAUCCCUGGAGAAGAAAAGAAUUUCCCCAAAAAAGUCAAAGGACUGUUUAUGUAUCUUUAAAGCAGAAUUUUCCAUUUGUGCAAAUGAGGUUUUUUUUCCGGUGUUGAUUUUUUUUAACCGUCUUGACACACAAGUGCUUUUUAACUAAUUCUAACUGUAAAUGUAUUUUUAAUCUCCAGUAACUGAAUAAAGUAACACAAUUGUGAAAAAUAAAAGGCGCCCAUUUCAAAAUGUUGACCUUUCUUUUCUUCCAUUUUUAUGUGCAAACAAUGUCAUGUCAUGUUUGCACUGUAUGAAUAGCAAAGAACUUCUCCUAGAUUCAUUUGUCUGAAAAGAAGCUAAAGUAAAGACCUUGUUUCUAGAUGGUGGGAGAUGACUGGCUUUUAGGAGUGCUUCCAUCAAGUUUAAAAUCGUGCCAUAUUUUCAACAACUUUGUACGAUUGCAAGAGUUGAUCCUCGAAUUCCAUCUGGUCUUUCCGGCAUUGUAUUUCUGGUCCUGUAUGUGUUGUAGAUGUUGUCUUCUGAAUCCAAUAAAUACUUUUCAGAAGUAAACAA